GGCAUCUGCGUGACGUCGCUGUUUAUGUUUCAUGGAGGGACGUGUAGUUUCAUUUCAUUCACUAUGCUAAUGCUAACGCGAAUGCUAGCUUAAAACCUGCUUAAAACCAAGAUACAUCUGCGCAGCCGGUGUUUUAUGUGCACGAGUUGAAACAUGUGAACGUACGUGUUGGCUCCGUGUUGCUGAGUCACCUCAAAUCCGUCGGUGUCCUGUGAGGCUGCUUGACUUCAGCUGAGGAGAGUCUGUGACUGGAAGUUAAACGAUGGAGUCACUGGUGAAAGACAACCCGAUACUUCUGCCCCUCAACUCUGACAGAACUAUCUAUGACGGAUUCAUCACCGUCCAGGAACGAGACUUCAGACUGAGAAUAGUGCUGCCACCAGAUCACGAGCUCAAACGGGCCAAGUUGCACUGCAGCUGGCAGUUAAAACACCUGUUGCAUGGAUAUGAGCCCAUAGUGAAGCAGAGGCUGCAGCAGUCGGCCGAUCUUGUCUCUUUCUUACUGGAGCUGAAGACUGUCUUGGAAGUGGGUCUGAAGAGCCGACCUGAGUGCAGCUCCAUCCCACCUCCUCAGUAUUACUCGCAGCUCAUCUCUGAGAUGGAGACCCUUGGGUGGAACAAGCUGCUUUUCAUAGACACAGAGUUCCGAACACUGAGACUGAAGGCGCAAGACUCUUCUGGGAGGCAGCACAUUCUCACUAUCAAACUCAAGUCGAAGCACCCUGCAGAGGGCCCUGAAUGCUCAGCUGACCUGCCCCUCCCUCUGGCCAUAACAUGGACACCACAGACUACUCUGGAGCAGCUCCACAACCAGUUCCUGCUGGUUUUGGAGUCCCUGACAGAGUUCUGGGACGUCUUGGACGAGAUCGACGACAACACCUGGAUUCUGGAGCCGGAAAAACCCAGCAGGUCCGACACCAUGAGGCGGAUCGCCAUUGGAAACAAUGUCUCCAUUAAAGUGGAGGUAGAUCCCAGACACCCCAAGAUGCUGCCAGAGUGCUGCCUGCUGGGAGCUGAACACGUGGAAAUGCCUGCUCAAACAAUGGUGACUCCUCUGAGGAAUAAACUGAACUCCAACAUGCACCUAUGGAACCCGGACUCCAGCGUCUUGCGCAACCUCCGGGAUGUUUUGGAGAUUGAAUUCCCGUCACCUGCCACCCACGAAAAGUCUGAUUUCAGCACUGAGUGUGGGAUUUGUUAUUCCUAUCGUCUUGAAGCUGCGAUCCCUGAUCAGGUGUGUAACGACCCUCGCUGUGGCCAACCCUUCCACCAGGCCUGUUUGUAUGAGUGGCUGCGAGCGCUGCCCUCCAGCAGGCAGAGCUUCAGCACCGUUUUUGGAGAGUGUCCUUACUGCAGCAAGGUACGUGUGCGUAAUAAAGGCCUUCACUCCACACUCUCAAUACAUAUUCAGCAUACUUAAUUAGCGCCGCUCUAUACAACACAUAGCCUUCUCCGCUCUGAAAGGAGACGAGUGUGUUGACAACAAUCCGCUACAUUCAGUCACUCCUACCGCAGCUACUUCUGUGAUAAAGGAGCGAGCAAAGUAUGUGAUACUGAAUGCAGCAUAUCAUUGAUUCAAAGUCAAAGACAGUUUUAUCUGUGCAGAUGAUUGGGAGGGUUUGGCUGUUCUUCAUCUACAGUCCAAUCACAUUCAAGAGCCCAUUUUCCAUUUGAUAUAAAGUCAUCCUUCAUAGUACUCAUAGCUAUAAAGGCUGUCUAAUAAACAGAAUACGAUGAACUGAAGUUUCUCCUUCCAUUGCAGCCUAUUACUGUGAAAAUGUCGGCUCCGUCGUCCUGAGAAGAGGCUUCCUGUCAGCUCCGUCUCCACUCUGAGGAGAAGACGGAAGCAAAGACCCCUCGUGCUCUUCAUCAAAAGGGGUUUAAUGCACUUUGGCAAACCGCAAAAACAAACGCACCCAAGAAAAGGGAGACGCCCACAAAGACAAACCAGUAGGUGCCUAUCGUCUGUGUGGGACCUGCUGCCCAUCCUGCGCCUGUGAGAGUAGACGUUCCCCAGUCACCACACCUGUCAGUGUGUUCAGAACAGGGAUCACUGUCCCACCGCUGCUGACGGCUGCAUCCUGCUCGGUGGCUGUGCAACCUUUCAUCCCACCCCCCCCUGCAGGCACCGUGUGUUUGGCUCUUACUGUCACAGCCAGGGAAUAUGGGUUGUUUCAUUUGGGAGUGGACUCCUCGCUCCCGUCUCGCCGAGGUCACAGUCGGGCUGUCUCCUUUCCUGGAGGUCCUUUUGAGUUCAGUGUUCUGUCAGAGAGGAUGAGUCAGUGUUUGCUCUUUGAGAACUGACAGGAUCUGUUCUACUAUGUUAUGUGAAUAUGUUUAAAUAAAGUUGUGAAAGAAA